AUGGCGUCAAAAAUCUGGCCAUUGAACACCAAGAUGCAAAGCCGUACAUGCUUGUGUUCGCCCACCAAGCACCCUGGUUCCUUCAAGUGUAGCUGCCAUCGGCAUUCCAACGAGCCGGUUUCAUCCGGUUGUCGAACCGUGCCGGUCUGUGCCGCCUUUUUGAAUUAUAGGGGAUUGGGUUCCAUCAAGAAAACGAAUUUCAACACGGUGAAUUUGUUGCAAAUGGGGGUGAAUGGUUUUCAAAAUGGGAGCUUCGAUGUUACCGGACCUUGGAGCCGAGAUACUGAUGCCAGUUUGUGCGGUGAUCGGCAUAGCCUUUUCGCUGCUGCAAUGGGUGGACUAGAUUAUCUCGCCGAACUCCAUGAACCCUUUGAGCUUGAAAUUCUCUCAGGUGUCCUCGCUGGAUCCCUCGUCUCUGGUGUCCAGAUCGCUAUCUCCGCUUCAAACACUGGUGGUGCUUGGGACAAUGCUAAGUACAUUGAGGCUGGUGCUUCGGAACAUGCAAGAACUCUCGGUCCCAAAAGAUCCAGUCCACAUAAAGCGGCCAUUGGUGACCCUUUAAAGGAUACAUCCGGUCCAUCAUUGAACAUCCUUAUCACGCUAAUGGCGGUCGAAUCGCUCGUCUUUUCUCCCUUCUUUGCUACACCGUGGUUCACCAAUCCCAGUCUCUACCAGUUCUUCUCCAGAGAUGCCAUAUCAAGGUUCAAACCGGGCAUCGAAAAAAUUUUCCCUUGAAAGGGUUCACGUACGGCGACAUCAAUGACGACAACAACAACAAUGAUGAUUUCGGGCAUUGAUUUGUAUCUAUUUCAUUAGGCUUUGCAGUAGUCCAUGUAAUGUAAAUUUGAAGCUCAAAUUUAGUAGUAAGCUCGGUAGUGAUGGUGGGAUAUUAUUCACAAAUAUUUC